AUGUCUCUCGCAAGCCACGUAGACAAAAUUCGCUCCCUCGAGACGAUGCUCGCCGAGCACGAAGCGAUCAAGCGCGAAGUCGGCUCCCUGCGCGAGCUCAUGGAGGAACGCAAGCGCGAGAUGGACACGUCUCGCGGACGCAGCGGCAGUCCCAGUGGACGUCGCCAAUACGGGCACGACGAUGAUUCGCAUUACAUGUCUGACGACGACGACAACGUACACAGUGUGUCGACGAUCGUUCCGCAUGAGCUCGACCGAGUCGACGAGGAGGACGAGGAGCAGCUGGCCACGGAGGAGAAGAGGAGCAGCAGAGGAAGCGGAGGGAAGAGCUGGGUCGCCCGCGCAUGCCAGAGCCAACGGGAACGGGUAUGUCUGACGAUGACUAUGAUCAUGACCACGAUCACAGCACAUACGAGCCGCAACAGCGCACUCGGUCGUCGUCUCCUCCGCCUGCGGCCGCAGGGUUAG